AUGUCCUUGAAGGAGAUGAAAAAGGAAGACUUUGAUGAUUUCCUCCAAGAGUAUUUACGGCGAACACAAGAGGAUGAUUCAACCAGUCUACGACCCUGUAAAGAAGAGAAGUGUUUCAUAGAGGGAAUGAAAGUGGAAGAAGAGACUCAUCUAAUGGAAGACAGUCAUGGUGGUAUAACGUCCACCAGUAAGGACGCAGAACCAUCCCAAUUGGCCAUGUCUACGAAAGAGGUUAAAGAAGAAGAUUUUGAAGAUUUUUACCAAGACUACUUGAAGAGAACACAAGACCCACCACUGUUUAAAGAAGAAAUGUGUUUGUCACUGACAGAUUCUUAUUCAUCCAUGGGUAUUAAAAUGGAACAGGAGGCCUAUCUGAUAAACAAUGGUGUCAUGACCCCCACAGGGGAUUCACAAAUGAAGCUGUCAAAAGUAAGAGAGAAAUGGAUGAAAGAAGACAAAGAAAAGACAACCCCUAUUCAGACGCCCACGCCUGUGAAAGACCACAGAACAAACACUGCAGAAAAGCAAUUACAAAGUACCACAAGUGGACAGAAUAUUCAACAGCCGUUCAGACAAAACCAGACUGUAUGUAAUGGUGAAAAGCGACAUCAGUGCUUACUAUGUGGAAAGACCGUUACAAGUGCAACUCAGUUAAGGAGACAUCACAGGAUGCAUACUGGUGAAAAACCUUACGAGUGCUCAACAUGUGGAAAGGAAUUCAGAACAGCAGAACAUCUAAGGAGACAUCAGAUGAUUCAUACAGGUGAAAAGCCUUAUGAGUGUGCAACUUGUGGGAAGGCAUUUACACAGAAGUGUAAUCUUCAGAGACAUCAGCAAGUCCAUGCAGAAGAAAAACAGCUUACCACAGGUACUGACACUGGUAAAAAGCCGUACCAGUGUUCAACAUGUGGAAAGACUUUCACACAAACCUCAUAUCUCAGGACGCAUCAGAAAAUCCAUACUGAACAAAAGUCACAUCAGUGUGCCAUAUGUGGAAAGGCCUUUGCACGAAAAUGUCAUUUAAUUGUACACGAGAGGACUCAUUCUGGACAAAAGCCUUACCAGUGUGCAACAUGUGGAAAGGCCUUUGCAAAAUCAGAUAAUUUAAUCGCACACGAGAGAACUCAUUCUGCAGAAAAACCUUACCAUUGCAGCACAUGCGGCAAGGCCUUUUCACAAUUAGGCAAUUUAAAAAUACAUCAGGCUGCUGUACACAAUACUGGUGAAAAGCCUCACCAGUGUGUAAAAUGUGGAGUGGCUUUUGCGGUCAAAUCAUAUUUGACUGCACAUCAGAAAAGAUGCAAUUACAGUGUACCGUGUGUGUGA